CUGCAGGUCUCUUCACAUAAUAGCGUGACAGAGUCUAGGGUGAUGAACCCACCGAGUCACUGAGUGGCCAAGUCCGAGUUCGUAUGACUGUGUACUUUUCUCUUGACAAAAAUGGGCCGGUGCAUAUUCGCUGAUUGCCAAGCUCAAUGAGCGGGAGAUAAGUUGGUUCCUUCUCUCGCCCCUUCACGUCCGUGCCAUGUUCGACGUGUCCAUCGAGGAUGCGAUACCCCCUGCGUUUUUGUAUUCAUUUCUGGCCCUCAUAACCGCUUAUCACGUUUUUGCGCCUCUGUGUUCUACAGUCAAACAACGGUCAUGGAUAUUGACCACCAUCAGUAGUGCCGCGAUGUCUCUAACGAGUCUACCUCUUUUCGUUCACUAUCUCAGUUCGGGUGGAGAUUUGACAGGGAUAAGGUCGACGCCAUGGACGGAGAGCACCGGCCGAUUCUUCCAAGCAUAUCUUGUCACAGACCUAUUGAUGGGCGUGACUUACUAUCGUAGCAAAGUUAACUUGCUAACAGGCUGGAUUCACCACUCGCUAUACAUUGCCAUCGUCGAAUAUACCUGCCGUAUGGGCUGGAGUCAUCUGUUUGCACUGUGUGCCGUGAUGGAGGUACCUACCUUCGUUCUGGCCAUGGGAAGUCUCAACUCCCGCUUCCGCUCAGACGUGGUCUUCGCAUUAUCAUUUCUUGCGACUCGGAUCGUUCUUCAUGUAUUUUUAUGCGCAUCCAUGGUGGCCAGCCGGCACCACGUCACGAAUGAUUCAUAUGGCCCAGGCCUUCUCAUGAUCUGCAUCUUCCCUCUUCACGCAUUCUGGUUUUACGGGUGCCUGAAGGGAUUCGUCAAGCGUGCCAAGUCCCCAAAGCCUCAGCCCGUCAGUCAAGGCACUGUUACGACAUCAGGGUUUAUUUCCUUGCGUGCAAGGCCUUGGACGCUGCCACGCCGCCGUGGCACGCUCAGGCAGGCUGUCCGUGCUUGGGAUAGACUCGAGAUCAGAAAGGCAGCUGGACGUUUUGGAGAUGUCCAGCGCCGUCUGAGAGCUUCAUUACCUGCAGCGCGCGAGCAUGUGUAUGCUUAUGUUGGAUUAGAGAGGCCCCCCAGCGGAGGGCCGCAACAGACUGGUGCUGAGACGGAAACCUCUUUUUGAUAUAGAGAGAUAUUACAAGGUGUAGUGUCUUUCCUUCCUGUAUACCUCGAUGGUCCAUGUGAGAUAACUUUAUACUAGACGAUUUAUACCCAUACCCUGUAGUAAUAGUAUAUCAGGACAGUGACGACCUUUACGACCUCUGCCUUUUAUCUACCAUGUUUUAGAUGCCAUGUACCUCUGCUUUAUGUACUCAUGUACUUAUGCGUUUCAUUGGUCAUCUUCCUGAAAUGCCUAUACGUCUCUACAGUCAUACAUGGCCGCCUGGCGAAAUGGCAUCGCGUCUGACUACGAUAGUACGGCGAUCAGGAGAUUGCAGGUUCGACCCCUGCGGUGGUCAUUUUUG